GUUAAGAAAUCUUGCAGGUCUUUAGUCUCUCUGAAUCGCAUGGUCUGGAGUAGUUCGACCCCGAGCUCUCGGACUUCGGGCUUCAAAAAAGAGUCCCAGUUAAAGACACAAGAACUCGAGGAUGACUGAGCUGCGCCCCCCAAAGGAACGGCUGCUUAGAGGCUCAGGUCUUCACUUGAACCUGCAACGACACCCUCCGCACGAGCACAAAGGCUCCGACGGCGGCUGGCGGGGGCUGCGGAGCGCGCGGGAGCCGGCGCCAGAGGUCGCCUGUUCUCGUCCUACUCAAGCCCGGGGCACCAUGCCGCGGCGCCUGCAGCCCCGGAGCGCGGGCACAAAGGGCCCGCCGGCCACGACUGAGACGGCUUUGGCGGCCACCUCGCGCCCCCACCCCUCCGCCUCGGGGGACCCUCCGGCCUCCGCCAAAUCGCUGCUGCGCUGGGACGAGGUGCCCGACGACUUCGUGGAGUGCUUCAUACUAUCUGGCUAUCGGCGGCUGCCUUGCACGGCGCAGGAGUGCCUGGCCUCGGUGCUGAAGCCCACCAACGAGACGCUCAACUUCUGGACGCACUUCAUCCCCCUACUGCUGUUCCUGAGCAAGUUCUGCCGGCUGUUCUUUUUGAGCGGCCGCGACGUGCCCUUCCACCACCCGUGGCUGCUGCCGCUGUGGUGCUACGCGUCCGGCGUGCUGCUGACCUUCGCCAUGAGCUGCACGGCGCACGUGUUCAGCUGCCUGUCGCUGCGCCUGCGCGCCGCCUUCUUCUACCUGGACUACGCCUCGAUCAGCUACUAUGGCUUCGGCAGCACGGUGGCCUACUACUAUUACCUGCUGCCCAGCCUCAGCUUGUUGGACGCCAGAGUGAUGACCCCUUACGUGCAGCAGCGCCUGGGCUGGCACGUGGACUGCACGCGCCUCAUAGCCGCCUACCGCGCGCUCGUGCUGCCCGUGGCCUUCUUGCUGGCAGUGGCCUGCACGGUGGCCUGCUGCAAGAGCCGCACUGACUGGUGCUCUUACCCGUUCGCGCUGCGUACCUUCGUCUUCAUCAUGCCGCUCAGCAUGGCCUGCCCCAUCAUGCUUGAGAGCUGGCUGUUCGAUCUGCGUGGCGAGAACCCCACGCUCUAUGUGCACUUUUACCGCCGCUACUUCUGGUUGGUGGUGGCCGCGUUCUUCAAUGUGAGCAAGAUCCCUGAGCGCAUCCAACCUGGCCUUUUCGACAUCAUUGGCCACAGCCACCAGCUCUUUCACAUCUUCACUUUCCUCAGCAUCUACGACCAGGUGUACUACGUGGAGGAGGGCCUGCGCCAGUUCCUCAAGGCGCCGCCUGCCGCACCCACCUUUUCAGGCACCGUGGGCUACAUGCUGCUGCUGGUUGUCUGCCUGGGGCUGGUCAUCAGGAAGUUCCUAAACAGUUCCGAAUUCUGCAGCAAAAAAUGAGCCUCUGCUUUCCUGGAGGCUGCUGGUUUGCCCACUUCUUUAGACUUUCGUUUGUUGCUAUUGGUUUGUUUUCCAGUUUUGUUGUUUCCUUCUUUGCUCAAGGAGGUUGCUCCGGAGCCGCCGGGAGGGGGAAAACGUCCACAAUGACAAGGGGUUUUCAAUGCACUUGGGGCUUUGGAAGAGGGAAGUGGGUCAAGCAGGAAGGAGAGGGCCACUGGUUUUUGCCCAUGGACAAAAUUCAGGUGAUGUCUGUGACAUCCAGGGAUUUUUCGAAAGCAGCGAAUAAAAUCCCAAGUAAAACCCCAAAUAAUUCGAUUUUCCGAUGAUCUUCUGUGCCAGCGGUAAUAACAGGUAGCCCGUGUGAGGUCAGGUAUGCAUUAAAGAGGGUAAGUAGACAAAAUCCCUGGGUACUUCCAUUUCAGUCUGAGGAAUGCUUGGAUUUGUCAAAAGAAUGGAUCUUUGUAGAAAACGGGCACAAAGACAUAAAUAAGCCCAGGGCUUAACCUGCUAGAAAAUGCAUGGAAUGUGAACACAAGUUAAUUAUUUCAAAAUGUUUCUCAGAUGUUAUUUAAAUAGUAAUAUAUACAAUGAUUUUUCGUAAUUUAUCAAGCCUGUGAUAUGCACUGAAUUUUAUUUGUCUUGUAGGUUUGAAUUUUAUAGCCCUUUUGCAUUGCAUACACUUUAACUGGACAUCAGGGCAAGCUGCUUGAGAGUUCUAAACUACUGUACUUUCUUAAACAGUGUUUCCUAAGGCCUGUGUUUCAUGAUACAAAUGUGAAUUAUUUUACCUUAGGGACUCUGGUUAGACUACUGGUGAGGAGCUCAGUGGUCUACAUAGAUCCCACAUGCCUAUUUACUUUAAUGUAUUCCACAAAGCUUAUCUUGUUUUUUUGUUUGUUUUGUUAUUAAUCUUAUCCUUUCCUUCUCUACUUAUUUAAAUUACCACUGGAAUAAAUGUGCCUUUUGAAGCAAUGCCCAAAUGACUGGUCCUCAAAUAUAGGGGAGGGCAGUUGAAAUCAACUUUUUCUUUACUGCAAAUCAGGGUUUAACAUUCCACCCAGGAGGGAAAGAAGAUGGUGUUGGUUUCAAGCUGUGAGUAGCACCGGAAGUAGCUUACCAGGACACAGAGCAUUUGGCUUCUCUACUAGGAGAAGGAGCCAAACCACUGAUGUGACUGUGGUUCCUAAUGCAGCCAUCAGGGAAGGUGAGAGGACACUGUUCUAGACUGAUGCCAUCUAUCCUCACUUAAAAACAUAAUACUCAGGAAUAGAUAAGGCAGAUACAGUGUGAAAGUCAGGAGCAUAUUACUUGAAUUGUAAUUGAAAUUUUUGAGUUCUAUAGGAUUACCUUUGCCUAGUUAAACACUGAAGUCUCAUUUAGAUGCAUGCUAUGGUAAUGAACGGUCAUCCUAAAUUAUAGAGAAAUGGGUGAACACGCUCCUGAGAUCCUUUAUAACAACCACAUUGGCCAGUGUUAUUUAAGACAUUUCUUAUAAAUGCUAACCUGUACUUGAGAUGGCAACCAUUGAAUACCACAAACCACUGAGGUAGCUUAUUUAAAUACUUACCAUACUUCCUGACAAGUCCUUUGGUUAGGAGCCAAAUAAGUCAUUGAAUGGGAAGUCUUGACUUCAUGGUAUAAUUUAGAUCAAGCACAUUAUAUAGAUGAACACUUACCUCAGCACUGGUAGGCUAAAAAUAUUGCUGUUUCUGUUUGUGCUUUUAAUCGCUACUAUAUUUAUAAACUGAGAGGCUCGACACAGUUCCCUGGAGGAACCAGUGUGCUGUGUGUUAAUUUCCACACAGAACUUAACAUUAUAUAUGUCUGUAUUUAAUUUAGAGCCUCUUAAUGGGAUUGUAAAUACACUUUGCACGUUUGCUGAUGGGUGUCAGUGUCUCGUCUCUUGCAAAGUACAAGGAGAUUCCCUUUAUGUUACAGUGGCUGAGAAUUUGUGCCUACUAGGGAUGUCAUUCUUCACCUGUAACUUACUCAGUACAUGCAUUCAAAGGCAUUUGUGGAAACUGGGACAUUUCCACCUGCAAAUUUAUUUGCAUGUCAUUAUUAUUUCUUCUAGAGUCUCAAAGAAUGUUGGUUUGGAAGCAAGAUGCAUAGGUUGAUGAGUAUUUUAGCUUCCCUGAAAAAUGGGACCUCCCCUUUCAGAAGGAACUUUGAAGAGACAAACUCCUAAACAGGAUUAAUGAGUUUGAAAACAAAAACAAGCCUUGUAUUUGUCAUUUAAAAUUUUUGUUGGAGAUCUUAGUCUGCAGACAGAAUUCUCUUCUUGCCCUGUGUCUUUGUCCUUAAGCAGAAGUCACUCAAGGAUAAAAUAUACCCAUAUUGUUUUCAAAUGAUUAUGAUGCCUAAGCCCAGUAAGAGAGAAUGAGAACUCACUUUCCUUCCUUUUGCCUUUUCCCUCCCCCACUUUCCCUUUCCCAUCCUAUCUUGGUUUUUAUAUACCACACAUAACGUUGACAAAAGGGCAUUCUAGUUGAAAACAGUGGUUUCACUUCACUUCAUGUUUGCAAAUAGAUACCAUGUACCCCACACAAGACCAGGCAUGUGUGUAAAACUAUGUAUGUUAUUUGCUAAAUUACACCUGAUUUCUGUCAAGAUAAAUGAUAUUUUAGAAUCAGGAAAUAUUUACUAAGUAUCCAAAUUUGCAUGGAACUGUCCAGGCAUAUUACAUACUUCAGGGGUAAUAUGGCCAUCAGGAUAAAAUAGCUUUAAAAAUAUUUUUCACUAUCCAUUUUGCCACAUCCUUUAAAAUUCACUUUUACUUUAUUGUGUUUGCUGUUUGAAAUGUGGGACAAAUGAUAAGUAAGAAUGCACUUCAUUAUCUCUGUACAACCUAUUUUGAAAGCAUAGAAUUUUGAAGCAUAUUAUGUAAUACAUGUUAUUUUUACUUGUUAGUCAUAAUCUAGAUGACAUCUCAAGGAGCUAGAGACAGAGUCAUGCCUGGGAAAUGAGGGUGUUUGACUUCAGUGCCUGUCACCCUGUGGGGUUGGUCUCUGGGGCUGACUCAGGCUGAUUCCGUUGACUAGAGGGGGUCCCUUUCUUCCCCGUCCUUGUAGCUGUACCCUCAGCUAAAGAAGAUGACCUUCCCAGAGAGAGGAAGUGAGUUCUUUGGUCAUGUCAUGACUGGCUUGUAAAAAUAAAUGUGCUCUUUUCCAUUGGCUAUCCGCUUUCUAUAAAUAGCUCAGGAAGAAAGUAUGGGGCUUCAAAGCUGACCAGAGUGGCUCACAUGUCUCCAUUCAUAAAUCCUGCCUGAAAGUGCUUGCAGUCAAAAACUGUUUAGCCUAAUUCAUCAUGCUACUUCAGGGCAAUCAUUUCUAAGAAUGCAAAAUUUGGGGAUGGAGAUGAUUUUUAUAAUUUUUUCUGAUUCGGUGCUGAAUCUGAGGGCUAACAGCAAAUAAAAACAGAUUUUUAUCUUUGAAUUUCUUCACAAUUUUAUUUAGUUAACCAGUACAAAGCUACAGCAAAAAACAGUUACAGCAGGAGUUAUCUUCGUUUCAAGGUUACACUGUUGGCCCAAGGUGACAGAAUUGUUUUCAAACUGGUAUUAGAAUGUGGAGAUUUCUGUGUACUUGACUGUGAGUGUUUACUAGUUUGCAUGGUUCUGAUGUCUGGCCAAGCACAAAUACUAAUUGAUAAUAAAAUAUGUCAUUGUAAAAUAGAGUGAAGUAAGAUAUGGCUAUCCUUGAAUUUGGAUUAUAAAAUCUUACAUAAAAUGUUACCAGCUGCUUAAUUUUUCGUAUCUUGGGUUUUUCAUCUGUUGAAGUCUGCCGCAGCUGACUUCACGCUGCCAGUGCCUUUGAGUUGAUCUGCAUCCAUUCAUUCAUAUGAUCCCUUUAAUGGCCAUUGAGCACCCACUGCAUAUUAGGCAUUGGGUGAGGAUCUGUCCCAUUAUGACAGCUAUUACCCUUUGGUCUGGUAGAACAGGGGUAGAAAGGCACUCAGGCCAGGGAUCCAACUCUGAUCUUUGCCAUAAACAGAAUGUUCCAAGCCACUGAGUUUGGUUCUGUUCUCCUUUCUAUUAGCAAAGGAUCUUAUUUCAAUUAACAUGCUACUUACCCACAAUCAGUCUCUUUCUUUUUCUUUUUGUCUGCUCCUAGGUCUUUGUAAAUUUUAUGGUUAAAAAAUAACUAGAGAUUUACUGUAAAUCCAGGUGAAGGGAUAGCAGGCAUAUAUGUACAUAGAAGAGGUUGAAAGAUUUAUCAUCACUUAUAGUUAACAAAGACAAUAACAAUCACUUUUGGAAGGUUUAUAAUAUUCAUAUCACUAUGAAGUGAGGUUCAUCCAAAGUGCCUAAAUUGUGAUGUCAUUAAAUAUCUGAAUUUCAUAGAUAGCAUAAGUUUAAAGCAAGCUUCAAUGCUUAAAUCUCCAAAGAUUAAUGUUAUUUAGCUUUUUUCCUCCUUUAAGGUCUUUGUGUUGUACUCUAUGAAACAUGUCUUAGAAAAAUGGAGGAAAUUAUAAAGAAAAAGCAUCAGAUGUAAAAAAGACAGGAAGAACGCAUGAGAAGGAGAAAGCAAGAAUUAGAUUCAAUCAGCCGGAAUGGAACAGCAAGUUCAGCUAUGGACAAUUUCACCUGAGUUCUAAGCUGUGUCCCUAGAAAAGCAUGUGAACUCCCCUGCUGUUAGUGCUCAAAUAGGCAGGCAAGGAAUUGUAUUUGGCACAUCCUAUAGCUUUUUACCUGAGCACUAGUGCCCAGGUAUAUUUUAAGUGGUACUCUUACCCUUGGCUUAAUGUCCUUAAUUUGUUUCCAUAAAAUUAGGGCAUAAGGCAAAAAGGCAAUAGGAGUAGCACCAUCUAAUUGUAAAUUAUCUUUUGAAUCAUUUUCUUGAAAGAUUAACAAUAUUCUGUCAUAUAUUGCCUGACAAAAAGCAAACGAAGCUAGACAAGCUGAAAAGGAAGCACUCAUUGGUGGAACCUGAGAACUACUGUAUUCCUUUGUGAGAGGCCACAUGCCUUUCUAUUGAAGAUUUUAUUUCUUCAAUGUUAUGAAUAAGUAUUUCUUAAAUGUGAAAAUGGGUGUCAGUUCUUCUGAAUCACUUUUCCAGAAAUCUAAUACAAAUUUUUGUUUGUUGAAAGAGGACAAAUAUAUUGCAUUUUUUGGUUUAUAGAUUUUUAACCAAUUUGUAGGCCUUUUUGUUUUAGAAGAGCUUGUUAAGAGUCUAUGAGCAAGUUGAGAAUCAGAAUGUUUAUUUAUAGGUCAGGGACCAAGAAUGCUGAUUUGGCUGUGAAUUGUGGCAGGAUGUGACUGUUGAAAGCUCUGAACACACACCUAUAUGCAACAGAAUUCUCACUUAUUUACUAUUUAACUCAAUGGAAAAACAGCCUUUUUGUUUUUGGUUUGGGUUUUUUUUUUUUAGAUUUUGAAAAUGUUUCCCCAAUAUAUUGUGCUUUUAAAUGUAACACAUGAGCUUUAAUACUUUUUUUGUUCUUGAACAAUUUCUAGAAGGUAUUCCAAACAUGAAAUUUCUUAAGGAAAAUUUCUUGAGCAUGUAAAAGUUGCAGGCUGCCUUUCUCAUGCCUUACACCGCCACCUAAAACAUGCAAUAAGCACUCAAGUCAUGGAGGGGCCUUUAGUUGGUUACUUAUCCGUGCCGUAGAGAUGGCCCUGCCCCUCGUGGCUCACCACAGCGUUGGAAAGAGACACCAUGGAAAUAAACCCUUGUUUCUAGAUGAAAAAAGUAUGGGGACACAUUAAUUUCAUUUCUUCUUUUUAGUUCCAUCUCUAGUUAGGAAGCAUAAUCUGUAUUUCAUAUGCUGGUUGUACACACAAGACUAACAGGAAAAAUUUUUAAAGAAGUAUUCUAAUUUUGUAUCUUAAAAGUUUUAUAAUAGCAAUUUGUUUGCAAAAACAGGCCUUGGCACAUAGAUGAGAACCAGCGCCUUUUGGAAAGCCUCAUCUUUGUCCUGGGAGUUUAAUCACCUUGAACUCUUACCCAAAUGAUCAAGACCUAGUAGGUCUUUAAAAGUGUAAAUAAUGUAUAGUUUCAAGAUGGGUUAAAAAAACAUUUUUUUAAAAGAAGAAAACUGUCAGAUAUGUUAUAGGUGUUUAACAAGGCUAAAUUCAAAAGUCUUUUUAAAAUUCUUGGAAACUUCAUUAAAUUCCCUCUCCCAGCAAGGCUUAGCACAGGUCUAGUGCGCCACCAGGCUGGUUUUCUGUCGUGGAGGCUAUGAGCAAAAUUAUUCCAAGGAGCUCAGUAUCAAGUCAAUAAAGGCUCAGGUACAGAUCACUUUGAUGAGGGUACAACCACUGUGAAUAACAUAAAAAUAACUAGAGAAACGCACAGCCCUGGAGACCCUGCUCCUUAUUUGUUGGGAGUGGAAAGAAGACUAAAGCCCUGUGCCAUCGCUACACAGACCAGGGGCAGGCUAAGCCUCGGGCUGAGGGCCAUUCCGUGGCAUGCAGUAGGAGCAGUAGCUGUAAACUCUGUCCAUUUCACCCUUCUCUCAGACCAUCGCCGCCACCACCCUCGAAGCCUUCAGCCCCGAAGACAAAAGGUUUCUACCAUGAUUCCAUAUUGGCCGCCUCAAGCCAUUUUGCCUUAUGAGGUUCAUCCAUUUCUAAACUAAGGAUUCAGAUAUGACUGUACUCAGAUUUACAAGAACGUACAACCAGCAGGUUCCCUUUUGCAGUAAAGGGCAUUAGUUGAAGGGCCAUAUUCAUUUUUUUUCUUCAGCUUAGAGGUAGGCAGAGAAUUUAACAGUGACCAAAUGGAGAUCUUGUAUCAGGUUUUUUUGUUGUUGUUGUUUUGGGGGUGGUUCUUUUCUUUUCUUUUUUUUUUAGUUCAUUUAAUGGUGAUAAUGGAGGGUGAUAAGGGAUAAUGUAGGCAUGAAAAAAGAAACAAUCAUUUUAUCCACGGCUUGCUAAAUUAAGUCUUAGGCUACUCCAACUCCAGCCAUCAUGUACAUCCUAAUCAGCUACACUUAGUGAGCUAGAGGGACUUUCUCAGGAUGUGUGAACUUCCACACAGGGACUGCGAUGUGGUUUCAAAGCAUUAGCAUAUUCUGCCAAGUAUUGUUUAUCCAUAAUUCCACAUUAUCUGGUAAAUUAAGAAAAGUAAUCCAUAGGAAUAGAAUCACUUUGGUCAGUUCUGUGAAUGUAGCUGAACAAAAUUGUGACUGAUUUCUGUUGUGUAGUUUGCCAUGAUUUUGUUUUUGUGAGACCUUUGUUCCCUACGGUCUUGAAUAUAAAAUUCUGUAUAACUAUACAUUUUUUUGCCGAAAAACAUGUUUGAAA